CUCCAAGUACUGAUUCUCAUUUCGUUUUGGACAUGUUUUAGUUACCAAAGCGGACACGAGUGAGUAAACUUGGUUCAUCUCUCAACAUCUAUCUGUUUUAUCCUCUCACGCUGCGGAUACGAGGAAAUAGGAAUAUAGCAGUUCAACUUCAAUUUUUUAACCUUUUUGUUUUUUGUGAUAAAAUAAUUCAACCUUUGCCCAUUGUGUUAACACCCAAUGUUCUCCAACCUAAAAUCAAGGGAACAGCAUCAACAAAAGCAAAAGGGAGAAUGGUUAUCAGGAAGUUUCAAGCCAGAGAAUUUCAUUCCAGGUCUUGUCAUAGGUUUCAUUUGUGGUUUAUUGAUAGAUUUAUCAAAGCCAACUAGAAAUCACUUGUCCAAGAAAAUUUUCUCAUCUACAAAGCAUCAACACCAACUCUCACUCUCAAGUAAUGAUGAUCAAGACCUUAAAUUGAUUCUGGUUGUCAGGCAAGACCUAAAGAUGAAAUCCGGAAAGAUUGCGUCUCAAUGUGCUCAUGCUGCCACUGGCAUGUAUGCUGAAUUAAUGCGAAGUGACCGGUCUCUUUUAAGACAAUGGGAACAGUGUGGCCAGCCCAAAAUUGUUGUAACUUGCAGAAACCAACAAGAAAUGAAUAAGCUAAAGGAAGCAGCUGAGAGUAUUGGCCUCCCCACGUUUGUUGUCGCUGAUGCAGGACGAACACAGGUUUCGGCAGGAUCGAAGACUGUUCUUGCUGUUGGACCUGGGCCAAAAGCAUCUGUGGAUUCGGUGACUGGGAGGUUGGCUCUGCUUUGACAUCAUUCAAGAAACAAGCCAUGAUAUGAAAAAUCAGCAAGCCAUGCAUUAUUCAGACUGUAUUUUUAGUAUCUGCUUACUAGGGAUGAAUAAAGCAUUCUAUUUUUUGAUCUGUUGUGUUAGAUAUAAUGUUCCUUAUACAAACAAAGCAGUGAUUAGUCAAUGUGAGUAACUAUAAGCUCUUUGGAAAGUUGAAGUAUUGAGAAAAUUUGAUAAGAAAAUGAGACAAUAUUACACAACCAAGUGGUGUAAUUCCAUGUUUCUCUCUAAUUAAGUUACACAAUAUCUUAUAAUUUCGCAGUUGCA